AUGGCUCCGGGAGGCGGGCACAACGGAACUGAAGGCUUUGGGCAGUAUCUGCAAUAUUCUUUCGACUCUGAUUUGGUUCGCAUCAAUAAUUCCGCCUAUGCCGGUAGAAGCGCCAGGACAUUUACGCGCGAGGGUCGGUUCCAAGCCGUGGCGGACAAGAUAGUCCCUGGAGAUUGGGUGGUUAUUGAGUUUGGGCACAAUGAUGACGAUGGAAAAGGAACAGUUCCAGCCAAUGACACCAAGUCUCGUGUUGUUUGUCCCGGAAUGGGGAACGAGACGUGUAUUGGGUAUUACAACAACCAAACCGAGAUUGUGCAGACCUAUGUGACCUAUCUUCAGAAUGCCUCAUCCAUCUUCCUAUCGCUGGGAGCCCGCGUUAUCAUCUCACCACCUACGCCAACGAACCCCUACCUGACCGCUAAUGGCACCUUUGAAUGGACGCCAACCAAGUACUCCUAUUACUCGUGGUACAUUGUUUCGUCUUUAGGCGGUCCCGAUGCCGGGAUCUAUUUCGUGGACCACAGCAGCUACAAUGCACAAGCUCUCCAGCGUUUAGGUGCCGAUAUUGUCAACGCCGGAUUCCCAAUGGACAAUACACAUACUAGUCCAUAUCUUGCGGAUAUUUUUGCGCGCGCAUUCAUAUUGGGCUUGAAAUGCGGAACAAGUCCGUUGCAAGAUCAUGUAAUAAAUGCGACGAGUCGUAUCCAGAGUCCGGAGUUGGGCGGUUGUUUGAGUGUCAACGAUACGCUGCCGAUUUAG